AAGAACAGUCCUCUGUAGGCUGGAGUCCCAUUUAACAACACUCAGUCCGACCUUCGCGGACUUCAAAGGAUGCAGCCUUUGAAUUGGGACAUAGCCUGGAUCUCAAUGUGCAUAUCCAAAUAUGUGACAUUAGUAAUAUUAAGGGUGGAUAGUAUGCACAUUGGGAUGCAGGGAUAGCUUUGGUUUUUGAUAAGUUGUCGAGUCGCAGUGAUGACGUCGACCAUAACGCCAUCAGUCAGCAUCUAGUCUUCUGAGAUCUGCUCUGACUACUACACAGGAAUUCCCCUUUUGUGAAGCUUCUUCUACAACAAUUCACCAAUAAAUGCUGGAAUAUUUCCAUUAGCUUACAAGUGAAGAACAUGAAUGAUCCAGAACCCUACAGAAUAAAACAUGAAGAUAUUGAAGAACAAGACCAGAAGGAAGAAUAUGAAGAGAGUGAAGAAUUUACUGAAGUUAAGGAGAAACAGGAUGUCAAAUCUGUAAAACAAACGUCAAGCCUCACACUGAAAAGAAGAGCCAAACAAUCUUUUACCUGUACUCAGUGUGGAAAGAGCUUUUCAUACAAACAAAAUCUGAAACAUCACACAAGAGUUCAUAGUGGAGAGAAACCUUUCACGUGUGAUCAGUGUGGGAAUAGUUUCACACGAAAAGGAUCUCUUGAAGAUCACAUGAAAAUCCACACUGGAGAGAAGCCACACACAUGUGAUCAGUGCGGGAAGAGUUACAGACACGCAAACACUCUUAAAUCACAUCUGCGUUCUCAUUCUGGAGAAAGACCAUUUGCCUGUGAUCAGUGUGGUAAAACGUUUUUAAGGGCUGAAUCCCUGAAGAGCCACUUGAAAGUUCAUACAAAGGAGAAGCCUUAUGUUUGUUCUUUGUGUGGAAAGAGUUUUAGUCGACUGAACGCUUUUAAAUUACACCAGAAAAGACACAGUGGCGUAAAGAAUCACAUAUGUUUUGAUUGUGGAAAAUCCUUUAUUAGAGAUGCUGAACUGAAACAGCACCAGAAGACUCACACUGGAGAAAAACCUUACAAGUGUUCACACUGUGGGAAAAGUUUCAGUCAGGCAGGACACAUGAAAAUACAUGAGAGGAUCCACACUGGAGAGAAGCCGCACACAUGCGAUCAGUGUGGGAAGAGUUUUGCACAUGCAAACACUCUUAAAUUACAUUUGAUUUCUCAUUCUGGAGAAAGACAUUAUAACUGCGAUCAGUGCAGUAAAACAUUUGUUAGGGCAGAUUGUCUGAAGAACCACCUCAAAGUUCAUAGAAAGGAGAAGCCUCACAUGUGUUCUUUGUGUGGAAAGAGUUUUACUCAGCUGGUUGCCUUAAAAUUAAACCAGAAAAGACACAGUGGUGUGAAAAAUCAUGUGUGCUUUGAUUGUGUGAAGACAUUAUUACAGAUGCUGAACUGAAAUUGUACCAGAGAAUUUACACUAGAGAAGAGCCUUACAGCAUCUACAGGAGCCACGAUAAAAAAGAAAGGCUGUAUUACUGUGGGAAGAUUUUUAGUAAAUUAGCUUCUCUACUCAGUCAUACAAAAAGCAAAUUUCUAAUGCAUUAAAAGCUCCCUUACAUAUAAACUAUAUAAAAGUAACUGGACAAAGAACCGUCAUCCAAUGUUGCCAACAAUUUCAUCCUUGUGAUUAGAUCUAAUUACUUGACCACUUCAGACAUAUUUACCAAAUGCAGAUGAAAGAUUUACUAUAAUGAUGGGGAAAUAUUUUAUGAUUUUGGUGUGUAUAAAGGUGAUUAUUAUUUUGUUAUUCCUAAUGCCAUUACCAUUUGCACAUGUAAAGUAUUACGUUCUAAAUGAGGUAUCAUUAAAUAAUUAAUAUUUUUGCACACAUUUGUUUUUGGUUAAUGCUAAUUUAUAAAUACGCUUUUGUCCAUUGUUAGAUUGUGUUCUCAUUUAUAAAUCACUUCAUAACAAUUUUUAAAAUUGUAUUGUUAUAUGUAGAAAUUUACAUAAGAUUUAAGUGUUUUAAAAUUAUUGUUAAUUCAUGUUAACUAUAAUGUAAUAUUUACAGAAUAUGAUUCUCCAAUGCACAUUUAUGAGAGCACCAUGACGCAUGUGUGUUGGGUUGAUGCGAGAGAUGUGUCAGCACAACGUGUGUGUGUGUGUGUGUGUGUGUGUACAUGAGGUAUUGUGUGAAUGCGCAUUGGAGAUAACAUUUUGUAAAGUGGUAAUUUUUUUUUUUUUUUUUUUU